AUGAAUGUAACUUCUCCAAAAGAUGGGAAUCACAGUUUCUCGAAGAAAAAUAGAUUUAAUACAAAUAAACCGCGAUUCCACAAACUAAAUGAGCAGGCGCAGAGUAUAAAUUUACCAGAAGACCGUGAUUCAAUUGUUUCAAGUAAUACAACGUCAAUUAUGACAGAUGAUGCAUUUGAUUACAAUGAGGGCAUUGCAUCGCGUACCAAAAAUAUUAAUUCUGAUAGUGAUAGAAGCAAUGAUACCAUAAAACAAAACAACUACAAUAAAAGGGAGACCGGAUAUAACCCUUUCUACAAUGGAUCAGGGAUCAAUCAGCGAUAUACACAGUUUCGAAAAAGAGAGUUUGAACCAACACUUGCAGAAAACAAAGCCGAAGAGUACAUAUCGGACGAAGAUAAUGUAAAAAUUGAUGAAGAUAAUAUAGAGAACGAACUCCAGUUUACGCCGAAAAUUAAAGAGGCUAGUAUACUCCGAUCUAGUUUACUAGGACAAAGAAAUGUUUUAAAUACUCGGAAUCCAAAAUCAAAAGAAUCACACAUUAAAGUAAAACCCAUCAUCAAUAACAAGAGCUCCUCACAAAGAAAAUCUAGUGCAGCACUUCGGAAACAAUUAGGAAAACCCCUACCGCUGCCGUAUUUGAAUAGCCCUAAUAGUGAUAGUACACCCACAUUACAGAGAAAAGAAGAAGUAUUCACAGACGAAGUGCUUCAAAAAAAGAGAGAAUUGAUUGAGUCUAAAUGGCAUAGACUUCUCUUUCAUGACAAAAAAAUGGUGGAAAAAAAGCUAGAAAGUUUAAGAGAAUACGAAAGGAAAAGAAUGCCUCCACGAGGAACUGAUGUUUCUAGCUCUGAGCAGGACAAUUCUUUCAAAAUAUCGACGCCAACAAAAUCGUAUGUUUCUUUGGAGCAAAAACCCUUACCAAAUCUCUCUGCUAUGAAUAACUUUAAUGAUGUUACCGACAAUAAGGAGAAAGAAGAAACGAACAACAAUAUAUUAAAGUUCCAAGCGCAACGAGAUCCAUUACAAAUACUACAGUCUGAGAUCGAAAUGCAUACUAAGAAACUUGACACGAUAAUAGAGUUACUAAAAGACGAUACCGAUUCAAAGGAAAAAAGGAAAGUAGUGACUAAUGACAACGCAGCGCCUGAACAAAUGGUCAACAAAGGAUGGCGGAAAAACGUGAUGAUGAUCUACAAAAAAUCAGGAAAUAUUAUGAAAAAGUAUAGGGAAUAUUUCUUAUGGACAAUUUGUAUUUUAAUAUUGUUAUAUUGCAAUAUAUAUGUGUAUUAUAGGUUUUAA